AUGGCGAAGCUUGAAGGGGCGCGGGGUACUGUCCCCUCUCUACUGCUUGUUAGAGUCAAACAGGCAAGCUUGUUACUGCUUUACCGCCGCGGUCCUUCGGGUUGAAAUUAUGCCAAUUACUGUUCGGCUUUACUGGAGUAUUUUCUUAUCAUUAUCUGUUGUACAAUUUUCCUUUUACAGGAAGAAACAGAUCCCACUGAGACCUUAGGACGUUCUAAGGUAAUCUUUACAGCCUGUGAAUGGUAGCUGUAGCGACUUUAGGUUAAUGAGUCAGGCCAUCCGGAUCAAUGUGUAAGGUUUAGUUGACCCUAAUCGGGAUUGGUUUAAUCGAAAGCGUCAGGUUCGUCGGCUCCUUCCCCAACGUGAAUGUGCAUUCAGUGAAAGUGACUGUACAAGCAGCGGUGACGAAUGGCAACCUCCGCCGUCUCCGACAUCGCUACCAAUAUCAAAUGAUGUCAGGAUUCGGAAGUCGUCGCCUUCGACUGCUUUCAGCGUGUCAGCAGACGAAUUAAACACGGAAAACAAUGUGUCUACUUCCAUCGACGCUGUUAGUCACGAAACACUUACAGAGGCAAACACCUCAGGUUUGUCACUCAUCGUUCUUCACUGUAACCCUUUGACAGAGCUUCCACAUCCUAAGCGUGAGACAGAAGACUCUUCUUACAAGAAGCGCACCGGCAAUUUCGAAGGCGGCUUUCGUCCGUGUGAGUGACUUCUUGAUGCCUGUAUUCUAACCUUUUUCUGGCUGUCACCUUAGUGUUCUGUCGAGAUCAAAAAACGUCCUGGAUUGCAUCAUUACUCAACAUAAUACGUCUGAGGACGACUUCGGGAACCGAAGUCGAAAAUGUACAAAUAAAUUUGUUUAUCUUUCUCAAGGAACUUAUUUCUUCUGAACAAUACGUUAUGUACAUGUUGAAAUGGUGGGAAAAGGCCCCUCUGCAUUCCCAUUUUUUCAAUGCUACUUAACCGGUUGCGCCCAUGUAGGGUCAGGGAGCCGCCUGCCUCAAGUCAGGGCAGAAGGAUCUUAAGUCCCGAGUUUCAGCGUCCUCGGACCUGUUUUCAGAUUAUCCGUUUCCCUUCCGGCUACAGCAUUUUUGCAGACUGGUCCUCAUGACCGGGUCCUCUAGGUGACUGCGCCAUUAGUACAACCAGGGAUUGCAUAGGCGGCUUUUCGCAGCGCACUUUUGUUUCUUGGGGCCUAAGUUUAGGUAGAUAUUGCCGUCGCUCCCUAAGGCUUUCGAAGUGAAGUACUACCCAAUUAUUCUGGUUUUUAUACACGGUUCAUGGUUUUGUGUGUACCCGCAGACUUGCAUGUGUGUAAUUGUGGGGAGGUCGGCUCAAGUGGACGAAAGACUGAUUCUGAUUCAAAUGGGCAGUUACUAUGGUAGCCUUUGCAGAUCCUAAAAUUAUCAAGGCUUCCGGGCUGCCUGCUAACUGAAAUUGCUCCUCGAUUUUCAUUUUUUUCUCUCUCAUUUCCAGUGCGAAUGCAGUACAUAAAUUUUGCCGAGAAAAUGUUCUCGUGAGGAAACCUUUAGUAAGGGCUUACUCCUUGCUGUUCAGCUCUGCUGCGCUAUAUUUUGAAACUUGCGAAGAAAGUCUUAUAUAGUCGCUGGAUUCUUCCUCCGCGACUGACCUGAUUCUGUUAUAUGUCGUUAUUUUGGGUUUUGGUACAGUGUUUAGACGUGAAGGCUUCCCAUCUCCCACUGCAGCUUCUGUAGUGGCGGCGGCGACCGAGUCCCCUUCCUAUUGGAUGCUGUUACAUGAGCAUGCCAGUUUAUUUACGCAUUAACCGCCGGACCAAAGGUGAUCGUGAUUCCUUCUUUCUGGAUUUAGGCCCAGAUUCCAGUCCACCUCCGCGAAAUCACAAGUGCGAGAUUUGUGGCGACUUCUUUACACGAAUCGGACUACUGAAGCGGCAUGUCUACUAUAUCCACACACGUAAGCGCCGUUUCCCUCAUUGGUUAACAGCUUAUCUGCAUCUUCCACUCCCCUAUGUAAUGUUGCGUUGGCUUCUUUGGCGACGCCUGUUUUUGCUGUUUUUUGUUUCAGUCCGUUUACUGGUUUCUGAAAUGUUUGCCGCUACUGUGUUCGCGAAGGCAAUAGUGGUAGAAUCCACAAGGGCGCUUCUUGUAUAGCGUCAAGUCAUAUUAACCUACUUAAUGACCCGGUUGUUUUUCCCUCGCUUAAAGUACACGCGUAAGACGAGCGACCACGGCGAAGGCCGUCCUAGACACCACACAGUAGCUGCCCGUGCUCUGGAUACGCUAUUAAUUUCAUUCCAAAUAGUCAUUCGAUGCUACAGCAUUAAACGCAGGUUAAACUGAUUGGUUGGUGGACUUUGAUUGUUGCGUCAUCCAGAGCGAUAUUACUGGAUUGCACGGGCUUAUCCCAUCAAGCCAGCAAAAGGCACCUUUCCAGUGUACGUACUAAGGUGUCCAGCACGGUGGUUUGGUUUAUACUGAAGCCAUGUCCAUACUGUCCCUUAUAAUUAUGUGCCGGGACGAACAUACAAACGUCUGCCUCGUGUUGUAGUUCGGCGCCGUCUCCAAAGCGGCGUGGUAACUUUUUGUGGCGUUUUCGAUUGGAGCAUUCCCAAAAGAGUUUUUUUUAGCCGGACUACUUGUGCUUUUACUUGGUACGGCUGCGAUGAUGUCCUGAACUGUACCUCGCCAUGCGUGACGAUCCGCUACAGGACAGUUCAAUCCGUCCUUUUCGCUACCAACGAAGACCUUAUACCUAAUAUCCAAAAACCGCUUCCAUCUAUUUACGACCUGUGUCGAGCCAGCUUUUGAGUCGAUCCCCUUUUCGGCGCCUCCAAUACGGUAACGGUGCCGGAUCGAGCGUAGUAGAACUGAGCUCCUGAAGUGGUCGACGAAGAACAUGCCCAAACCACCUCAGUCGCCUUUCUUGGAUGACCAGGGUUAUCCUUGCAAUGUUGUCUCAGCGAGCGCGGACUGUCUUAUUUGAGACGAAUUCGGUGUAGUUCACUUGAAGGAUGGUCCUCAAACAGUGGUGAUCAAAUACCUCAAGUUUUCGAUCGUCCUGCACGCGCAAAGCCCAGCAUUCAUAACCAUAAAGAAGGACAGUCGCACGGUAGAGGCGGAUCUUUGUGGCGAUGGAGAGGUCACGUCGAAUCCAUAGGCAUGUUCCAGGGCUCGAGAAAACCCGCCGGGCAGCAUUAAUUGGAGAGACAAUGUCAACGUUACUUUGGUCAUUCGGCAGCAGCCUCGCCCUGCGAUAUUUAAAACUGUCUACUUUUUCAUGUUGACAGCCAUCGAUCCCGAUAGGUGCCUUCUCCUGGUCAGGGAUGCAGCUUGCAAACACAUUAGUCUUCCCAGUGUUUAUAGAUAAACCGACUGAUUUAGCAACCUCGUUCACUCGUGUCACCAUAGACUGCAGAUCACCAAAACUUGAGGCAAGUAAGGAAAUGUCAUAGGCGUAGCCGAGAUCAGUCAGUCGGUGUCCGGGUGCAACUUCAACACCGUCACCAUGUAGAGCCCUCCCGAGAACGCUGUCAAUAGCGUAGUUCAACGAAAUGGGAGACAGGAUACGACCCUGUCGAACACCAGACCAAAUGCCAAACGGUUGGGAAAAAAUGCUAUGAAUCAGAUCUCGGGUACUGGUGGAUCGGCAAUAGGUCUUGAUCAUAGCGAUGAUUUUUGGCGGUACCUCAUCUAGUGGGAUUAUCCGCCAUAGGGACGAACGAUGGACGGAAUCGAGUGCGGCGCAAAGUCAACAAAGCAGACGGUCAUCGGUUGCUGGUUGCUAUGCGAAAUUCGGGAAUGCGCCUUAUUGUGAAUACCUGAUCCGCGCAUCCACGUCCAACACAAAAUCCGACUGGAUUGGGCGCCGUCCUAGAGUCACGCACAGCCUAGAAUCGCCUGAGUAGAACAAUAGCGAAGAUCUUCGCAGCAAUGUCGAUAAGGCUUAUGCCGCGGUAGUUCUCGCACCUCGUCUUAUCUCUCUUCUUAAGGAUAGGUACAAGGAUGCCUAAGCCCCAGUCAGCAGGAGCAACCUCGUUUCUGCGCGCUUGUUCACGCACCUCACAGAGCCAGGGCGCCAGACUGUCGGCACAAAACCUGUAGAUUUCAGUGGCUAUGCCGUCCUCUCGGGGUGUCUUUUUGUUGCGUAGCUCUCGUAUGGCAUCGGCGGCCUCUCCUUCGGAGGGGGAGUCGCAUGACACUGCGUAGAUUAGAGCGGGAAGAGCCUCCGUCUCAGAUGAGAGCAAGGGCAGGGUGCGUUGUGUAUCGAAGCUGAAAUACUACUCGAAGUUCUCUCGCCAACGUCCGACUUUGGCCGAGUCGUUAGCAAUAAAGCCGCCAUUCACGUCGCAAACAGGGGGCUUAUCAUUAGCUUGGCGUACAAGUUUGAGAGUUUCCAAGUGUCACGAACGUUCGAGGCCUGUUCCAUGGAGGUCACUAUUUCAGCCGAAUUUUGCUUCCGCUCAUCCCUGGCCGACUUUGACGUCAUCUUCCGCAGUUAUCAGAAGGAGUCAUCAUUAUGGGACCUGGUUCCAGCCGUCUGAGCAGACAACUGCAGGGUUCUUCCGCUGGUCCAGUCACUGGGGCGUCGCCGGGUAUACCCAAAGAUUUUCUAAACGGCCUCAUGACGGACGUUUUCAGUGACGACCACUGGCUACUGCCUUCUCUGUCGUCUCGGGUCAUAAAACUGGACCGGAUUUCUUUGCUCAGGGUGUGGACAGUGCUGGGUUGUUGGAUUUUUGCGACAUCAAGGCGCCCAGGACGUGCAUUUUUUGGCGCGGAUGAGAGGGGAACCUUCAAGCGUGUGCAAACGAGGACAUGAUCCGACUGCCGGAUUACUUGCUUUCCAAAAGAACGAAGCACCGCGAACUUGUCCCAGAAUUGAGGACAUGGCGGACCAGCAGAAAACGGAGCCUAGUAAUCUAGGAAGACCAGCCAGUAAAUCGACAUUCUGCCUUCCUCUGGAUCAUGUCGAUCCGAAUAACCGCACAGACACCCCAGCAGCCUGUAUCGGGGUUGUAAACUGAUCUUUAAACUCUCAUGUUUGCAUAUCAACGUUCAAAGUGUACUUUUAGAGAUGGAUGGAUUUCGAAUCCAUGCCUUUGACCUCUUCCCAUACAUUAUCUCUCUAAUGGAACAUGGUUGUCGAGGCAGCUUGAUGAUAGGGAGCAUGCAUUUUCCCCUAUAAACGACCCUGAAGCUGAUAUCCGGCUGCUGGAUGAGUGAUCUUAUUUUCUCCUCUCCUUUCGUAUAUGCUCGCUUGGCCGAAGGAGAUUCUUUCUUCACUGGGAGCCUCUUUUUCCUUCCAGAUGAUACCUGCGAGUUCUGCGGCAAGGUUUUUCCGCGAAGCUUCUCACUGAAGCGACAUAUCGACGCUGUUCACAGAAGUAAGCCUUUUUUUCCCCUGCCUGGUUGACAGCUUCUCGUCAACUUCUUCUUCCUCGUGUAAUGUUGUGCCAGUUUCCUAUGCGCCGGUUUGUUAUGCUGCCCUGCUUGUGGACAGUAUUUUUGACCUCGAGAUCUCAGCGCCCUUACCGGUUUUCGAAAUAUUUCCCCACCUGUAUGCUCACCAGGGGAGUGACGGUAGACCUGGCGACGAGGAUACUCUUUAUUCCCUUUUUUGGCAUCAGGUUAGAGGACCUUUAAUUUGUAAGUCACCUCCAUCUGUCUGCUUCGUGCGCCGCUUGUUCUUCCCACGCAUAAAGUACACGUGUAAGACGAGCGACCACGCCGAAGACCCUCCUGGACACCGCACAGUAGCUGCCUGUGCUCUAGAUACGCUAUUAAUUUCAUUCCAAAUAGUCAUUCCAUGCUACAUCACUGAGCGCAGGUAAAACUGACUGGCUGGUAGACUUUGAUUGUUGCAGAAUGGUAUUACCGACAGAGAGACGGAAGACACUCUCCCUUGUCUUUAUCGGUAAUACCAUUCUGUCUAUAUCAUGCGCCGCUGUGCGGCUGCUGGUUGGGCUCGAAAGAUAGCCCGUAAGGCACAAAGGAACGAGUGAGUUCCGUAAGAACGGUCGGUGAGCGCCCCCUACCAUUUGAUUGUUGCUCCAUCCAGAGCGACAUUACUGGAUUGCACGGGCUUAUCCCAUCAGGCCUGCGAAAGGCACCUGUUCAGUGUAGGUACUAAGGCGUCCAGCACGGGGGUUUGGGUUAUAUUGAAGCCAUGUCCAUACUGUCCCUUGUAAUAAUGUACCGGGCGAACAUACAAACGUCACCCUCGUGUUGGGCGCCGUCUCCAAUGCGGCGUUGUAACUUUUGGUGGUGAACUUAUUGUUGGUAAAGCAGACGUAGCCAGUCUCAGGCCCACUAUCGCACUCACGCCGUGUAUCAACAGCAAGACGAAGUCAGGACUUAAACUUGGCACGGCUGUAAUCAUGCCUUUUCCGGCCGGACUUGAUGAUCUCACAAAUCAUACUUCUACUCGCGUGAGGAUCCGUAACAGCGAAUCUGGAGACCUUGACCUUACUUUCUCCUGCAGCUACGUUGAUCAAGCAUCGGAGGUCCGAUAACCACUUGCAUAUCUUUGAGAGCUGUGUCGAGGCAGAUUUCGAGUCGAUCUCUUUGGCGCAUCCGGAUUGUCACUGGUGCCAGAUCGAGGGCAGCAACACAGGUCGUUAGGCAGACGACUAGGAACGCGCCCAAUCCCAUUGAUUAAUAGGACAAAUUUCGCAGAUUUCCGGUACAUGAAGAUUUUUUGUGGUGAUGGAGAUGUUGGGUCGGCUCCACGGGCACUUUGGAAGGACUGUUAAUAGCUUGCAAGCAACAGCGCAGUCCAGUUCAGUCAGGUGCCCUCUGCACGCAACGUCAACGCUGCAAAGAUCGUGUUUAACCCUUCUGACAAUCCAGUUAAUGUCGUGUUUGAACGGAACAGGCGACAAGGUGGAACCGUUAGGAACGAUAAAUGAAGCAUAGAUCUGUUGAAAAAGAUUCUUUGAACCAGAUUUUGUGCAGUGGUGACAUGCAAGUUGUUCCUGCUCAUGGCUAGGAUUUUUGUCGGUUCACCUGGCAUUUCGAUUGUCGGCCUCAGGGACUCACGACGGAAGGGAGCGAACUCUGCAGCCAGGUCAUCAGGAUAGAUUGCCGUAAUUUUCUGGUAGUUUCUUGGUGUCGUCUCAACCCAAAGUGAAGCACACCCUGAAAUUGCAGGAGGAGGUCAACAGGUAACACCUUCGCCUUAUGCCGCGGUAGUUCUCGCGCUUUCUCUGAUCUCUCUUCUUAAGGCAUACUGAGGGAUACCGGGGCCGCAGUGAUUAAGAAGGACUUCAUAUCUGAGUCUUGCUCACUAGCCUCACGCAUAGAGCAGGGACGCCAGAGGACAUGUCGAUCUCAUUGAGAAUACCGUCCCCUCUGGGAGAAUUAUUGUUGUGCAGCCUGGGUAUUACAUUGGCGAUUUUCCCUCACAGCGUGGCCACAUGACAUUGCAUGGACUGGAGUGAUGAAAGGCUAGUACAAAGGAUAGCGAGGUCCUGAUAGUUUGGUCAUGGAAGUUGAUUGGACGCUCGUAGUGUUCAUCCCAACGCUCGACCUUGAGUGGGUUGUUACCAGUGUGAGGCCGUCAUUCACACCGCGAACAGAGUCAUUCAUAGCGGUGGGCCUACUACCAACUUGGCGGCCAAUUCGGUAGAAUUUGGAGCUUGCUCCAUGGAGGUUGCCGUUUCAGCCUAGUAUUUGUGCUGGUCUUCCAUAGCCGACUUAACUGUCAUUUAUGGAAGGAAUUGUCAUUGGGGAAACUGGUUCCGGCCAUCUGAGCUGACAACUGUAGACUUCUUUCUUUGAUGCAGCCACAGGGUCACUGCAGGGUGCCUCUGAGGAUUUUCUCAGUUGUCCCACAGACUGAUGACCACUGACUACUACUGCCUUCUCCCUCGAUUGGGGUCGUAAUCCCAGACCUGUCUUUUAUAAGAUAGUCGGCAUGCCAGAUUUCAGACCUCUGUUCUCCGGUAGUAUUAUUGCUACUGGUCCGAGCCUCCUUAUUUGCCAGAUCCGAGUGGCUGCUUAUAGCGCAGCUGGCCUCCGCUGAAGGCUGCCGCGCUGGCCGCAGGCUGUGGACGCGCCGGUUGACUAUCAGGUAGUCCAACGAGAAUAGCGUCGUCCCUGGAUGCCUUCCCCAAACUGCGUCGUCAGUACAUUCAGAGAUGGCAUUUGUGUCUGUGAAUGAGGCCUCGUAUGCGGCCCGUUAUCUUUCUGAGACUGCGAUAGGCAUUCGGGUCGAUGGGGCUUUCGCUCCCCCCACCCCUCCUCGCAGUCUAACUGCAGGUAUGAAGGCCUACCAGGUGUCUGCUAACUAAACAUUGCUCAUGGAUUGCUUAUUUCGAGGACGGAUGCAGUAUUUUGACUUUGUCGAGAAGGGGUACCAACGAGGAAGCCAACGAGAGGGCCUACUUCUCGCUGUUCACUUUCACUGUGCAGGCUAUUGGCACUUUUGCAAAGAAGGGCUUGCUUAGACGCAGGAAUUUCUGUCGCGAGACUGGUCUGCUUCUCUUCCCAUUGUCGCCAUUUGGUCCAGUGUUUAGGCAUGAAGGACGCCCUUCUGCCGCAGCUGCUGCUGUGACUGCCAUGGUGACAGCUGCAGAAGUUGUUUGUUUCAUUUUCGCCUCUGCUCACUUGUCCGAAGGAGAUACUCUCUCUUUUUUCACUGCGAAUCUUUUUUUUCUUCCAGAAGUGCAAGGGGAUGCAUGCGAGCUCUGUGGCAAGGUCUUUCAGCCACCCAGCCUACUGAGGCAACAUGUCAACUGUGUUCACAAAAGUACGCGCCUUUUCCCUCUUGUACAUACUUGUUCUUGCGAUGGCCGCGAUCAUGUAUGACCUAGCCGGCUGACUUGUACCUUUCCACGUGUGACGAUCUGCAGCAGCAGAUCUCGACUCAUGAACCCCUUCUAUUAGCCAACAACGAAGACCGUAUACCUAAAAUCGAAAAACCACCAUCAGGUCUUUACGAAAUUUGUCGUACCAGGUUUUGAGUUGACCCCAUCUUCGACGCCUCCAAUGGGGUAACGGUGCCGAAUCGGGGGCAGUAGUACUGCGCUCCUGAAGUGGACGACAGAGAAAAUGUCCAAACCUCCCAGUCGUCUCUCUCGGACGGCUUGGGGGUAACAAUCGGGCGAUGGCACCCAAAGAAAUACGCCUAACCAAGGCAGCUUGUCUUACGGGACAGGUGGUAGUAGGGGUUUUAUGGGUGGUGGCUGGUCGGGAUGUACGAUACCAGCCGACGGAAAGCCGAAGUUGGCCCGCUGUCCGUUCCGUUAUUACAAAAUGGGUCGCUUAAGGCAGUAUAGUAGUAAUGGACGAGUGGAAGGCGUAUAAUCGUCUUCCCUCAGAAGGUUAUCUACAUUUCUCUGUUAACCACUCAAAGAACUUCAAGGACCCUGCCAUCGGACGGUACAUCAAUGCCAUUGAGGCAUACUAGAGUAGAUUGAAAAGGGAACUCUACGAGGGGGGCCCUGUAUGUGGUCGAGCUGUGUGGGCUCACAUAGACGAAGUACAGUAUCGUCUUUGGUUUGGCCUCAAUGCCAUGUCUUUGACAGAUGCCUGGGAACUGUUUCUGUCCCAUGUUGUGUAGACUUAUCCUAUUUAAAAGUGAUUUUGUUUUGUAAUAAACUGCCAUAAUGCGAAUGUAUGCCGUAUAUUCAGGUGAACGUGUGUAACGAUGGGGAAGGUUGGGUAACAGAGACCAUCGUCCAUGUAACCUCCUGCGAUGUCCGUUCGGCCAGCCCAUGUUAGGUCGUCGGGGAAAGUCCAAGUAGUCCGUGAAAGUAGGCCUGACACCGCUGAUAUAGCGAGAAGGCGUUUGAGUCCACUGAUAAAGGUAUUAUUUCUAGGUAACGGAUUUUUCGGGUGCCAUCUCCCGAUUGUUAUCGGCUCGGGUUACCUUUGCAUUGUUGUCGAAGCAAGCGCGGAAUUUCUCAUAUGAGGCAAAGCCGGCGUAUCUUCCUAGAAGAAUGGUCCUCAAGCAGUGGUGGUUAAAUACCUCUAGUUUUCGCUCUUUGUUCACACGCACAACCCAGCAUUUACAACCGUAGUGAAGAACUGACCGGACAGAUGUACGCUACACGCGAAUCCCAGUGACGAUGGAGACGUGGCGUCGGACCUAUGGGCAUUCCCUAAGGCGUGAGAAAACACAGCACGCAGCAUCAAUUUGGGGGACAAUGUCGUCCUUACUCUGUCCACUCGACAGCAGCCUUGCCCCGAGGUAUUUAAAACUGUCCACUUCCUUAAGUUGACGGCCAUCAACCCCGAGAGGUGCCCUCCCCUGGUCAGGGAUGCGGCUUGAAAACACUUUGGUCUUCCCAGCGUCUAUGGCAGAAGGAUUCAUGAUUGUGGGACCUGGCUCGAGUCGUCGGAGCAGACAACUGUAAGGAUGUGGGGUCAGCUCAAACUAUAUAUCGCACCAGAUAAAAGCGUAGCGUGGCCCUAACCACUACGACCUUCUGGCCUGGCGCCGGAUUGGGAUGAGAUAAUGGUUGGACGCCAUUUAGAGAGCACCUUUAUUCCGCACAGAAUAAGGGAGGAGAGCUGGCAGCCGGACGUGGAUGCGUCGGGCACCGCAAAGGCAUCCGCCAGAGUGACGUGCAGUGUGUCGCCGUAAGCUGCUGCCCCAAAAGUGUCGAGACAGGUUGUUUACGCAACUGGUCUACUGUGCCCGCCGCCUGUGUACCAAUUAGCGAAAGCAUUUUCGCCGAUUGGCCCCAAGUCCACGUGAGGUUAAUGACAAGCCUCGCAUGGUGCAAGAAGUGAAUCGACCGGAAGUGUGCUGUGGACAGAAUUGCAGCGUGAUUAAUCGAAGCCAGGCAGGCUGCCGCUGGGGUGUAUGUGCACAGGCACUGGAGAAGGCACGGCGUUGCCAUGAUGGCUCUCCUCAACACGGUAUUCAGAUUCCAUUGAACGCCCGCGUCGUGUAUCUGAGAGGCGAGUUUCCUCCGAACGGCUAUUAAGUGAGCAGGUUCUUGCCGUGACCGGUAGACGAGGACUUAAGUGACAGCGGUUAGAGAAUAUCUUGAAGACUUGCCGUGAUAUAAACCAGGGCAACGGUAGGGUGAGGACCCCAAUUAGCUGUGGAUCGUGUACUGAUAUAUGUACUUACGUAAUCUGAUGAAGUACUGACGACUGGCAGUUGUAGCCAAGAUGCUCAGAAACAAAAAAACACCAACUGUGCUUGAAUUGAAGAACAACAGAAAUGUCUGUAAGGUGGUAGGCUCAGUUGUUCGAUGGUCAGGCAUUCUUUAAAGAUGGUACGCCAUGCAAUAUCCAACUGGACAACGUAUCUGUGUACUCAUCAUUUUACCCGAAAGUAGUUUUUGCCACCGACCGUCCUCGAUGUUUUCCUGCGUCCUGUCAGCUUACUAUCCGGUGUGCUGUCCCACCCGUAAUCCCCACCCCCUCCCCUAUUACCAGCAUUCCAGUAUGACACUAUCCACAGUUUACCGCCAAUCACAACAGAGUGCCUGGCCUUUGUAUGGUGCCCCUGUUGCAGGUCGCGCUAUUUUGUGACAGCUUUCUCUCUUGGCCAGCUGCUGCUCGGUCUGAAUCGACAUGGGACGGCUGCGGAGACUAUUUAGGUGACGAGUUUUGCUGAAGUAGUAGUCCCGAUCUAGUUACUUAGAGCUUUUUAUUGUCAAAACCGGGUUUCGAUGAUUUACUGUGAAAGUCCAAUAUCAUUAGUGAAAAUGCAAGGCAUCCUAGAAGUGGUCUUAACCUCUGUUUUCUCCUUCUGUCUUUGUUGUAGAGGUGCGACAGUUUGUGUGUGAGAUUUGUGGCAAAGAAUUUGCUUACAAGUCGUCACUGAAUCAGCAUAUCGACUUUAUCCACAAAGGUACGUUCCACUUUCCCGUGAGGUAUGCUGUUUCAUUUUUGUGAUAAAUUUGCGUGGCAUCGUCGUGAUGCGCGGACAGCCAUCAUGGCAACGCCGCGCCCUUCUCUAGUGCCUGUGCACAUACACCCCAGCGGCAGCCUGCCUGGCUUCGAUUAGUCACACUGCAAUUCUGUCCACAGCACACUUCCGGCCGAUUCUCUCCUUGCACCAUGUGAGGCUUGUCAUUAACCUCACGUGGACUUGGGGCCAAUCAACGUAAAUCCUUUCGCUAAUUGGUACACAGGCGGCGGGCACAGUAGACCAGUUGCGUAAACAACCUGCCUCGACACUUUUGGGGCGGCAGCUUACGGCGACACACGGAACGUCGCUCUGGCGGACGUCUUUUCGGCGCCCGACGCAUCCACGUCCGGCUGUCAGCUUUCCUCCCUUAUUCUGUGCUGAAUAAAUCCGUUCGCUAAAUGGCGUCCAACCCUUAUCUCUUCCUAUUCGGCGCCAGGCCAGAAGGUUGUAGUGGUUAGGGCCACGCUACGCUUUUAGCUGGUGCGAUAUUAUUGUGUGUGAUUUAAGUUGGCCUCAUAUCCUUUAUCGUCACAAAUUGAUCCACUCAAAAAUUGGGGUAAACUGCAGAGUCGGAAGUGUGCAAAUUGCAUCGUUGGCUUUACAGUAGCAUAGCGACUGCGUAAAAACCACCCAGGAAUGAUCACAAUGAGCGAAAGGAUGUCUCGUACAAGAGAGAGGCGUUCAGAUGGCAACGUAUUUGGAAGUCUAUUCUCCACAGUCUGCAUAGCUUGACCUGAACUUGCAUGGUUGAGCUUUGUUGGUAAAAUCCACCUUGAAUCGCGAAAGGCUUGCUUAGUCUCAGGAAUUCCUGCCGCGAGACUGAUCUGCUUCUCUCACCAUUGUUGCCAUUUGGUACAGUGUUUAGACAUGAAGGACGCCCUUCUGCCGCAGCUGCUGCUGCUGUCUGCCAUGGUGACAGCUGCAGAAGUUGGCUGUUUCAUUUUCGCAUCUGCUCACUUGGCCGAAGGAUGCGUCGGACACCGCAAAGACGUCCGCCAGAGCGACGUUCCGUGUGUCGCCGUAAGCUGCUGCUCCAAAAGUGUCGAGUCAGGUUGUUUACACAACUAGUUUACUGUGUCCGCCUGUGUACCAAUUAGCGAAAGGAUUUACGUCGAUUGGCCCCAAGCCCACGUGAGAUUAAUGACAAGCCUCGCAUGGUGCAAGGAGAGAAUCGACCAGAAGUGUGGUGUGACAGGUUUUGCUGAAGUAGUAGCCCCGGUCCAGUUACUUGAGCUUUUUAUUGUCUGGACGAUGUUUCGAUGAUUUAAUGUGAACGUCCAAUAUCAUUAGUAAAAGUGCACGGCAUUCUAGAAGUGGUCUUAACCUCUCUUUUCCCUUUCUGUCUUUGUUGUAGAGUUGCGAGAGUUUGUGUGUGAGGUUUGUGGCAAAGCUUUUGUUCAUAAGUCGUCACUUGCUAAACAUAUCGACUUUGUCCACAAAGGUGCGUUCCACUUUCCCGUGAGGUAUACUGUUUCAUUUUUGUGAUAAAUUUGCUUUAAAUCUCGUUCAGGCUUCCUCGUUGGCGCUUUUUGUCUUGCCGUUGAUCGGCGACAGUCCGUAUUACUCGUUGGACAUUUAGUUGUAUAAGGUAACUUGUAAACUGUCCGGCGUCCGACACCGUUACUCUUACCCUCGAGGUAAACGCGGUCCUCCAUGCAUAUGUUCCACCGGCCUUCGCCUUCCCCCUUCAGCAUCACUUCUAGAAUGGGCCAUGUCCAUGUGUUGUCAUAUUUAACCUCAUACCAUUGGGAAAUUCCAUAAGGGCUGCAUUUUGUGGGAACCUCUAAACAUAGAUCGGUUCGUACGCGGUACAGGCUACUCCGAUAGCCGUCGUCCUCAGAGCCCACGACUACUGCCUGGAUAUGAUCUUUCAAAAGCUUGUUUAAUUAUUCUUUAAGGAAGGGCGGGGGGGAGGGGUUAAGUGCGAGAUUUCUUUUAAGCAAAUGAGCCUGGCUCAAAGCAAUCAGCGAUACGACCGGGCGGAUUAGUUGACGCGACGCGAAAUCCCCAUCUAACAUGUCUGCUCUAUUGCCUAGUACAGAAGUCGUCACAGGGCCUCACCCAUCGUCCGGCAUAAUCCCUAACGCGGUGUUUGGAGGGGGCGAAUGACACUCGGUCCAUCUUUCAGUUUGGUUGCUGCAUGUCGGUAUUACUGUUGCUGCUGAGGAUAUGCCAGCAUUACUACUUUAUAUAUAAUUACAAGAGGAGAAACUUCCAUCUCUUGACGAACUGUGUCGAGCCAGGUUUUUGGUUGACUUUUUCGACGCGUCCUGUUUGGCAGCGGCGCCGGAUCAGCCCCGGCAACACUGUGUCCAUGAGGCGGACGACGAAAAUAAACCUAAGCCACUUCACUAGGAAGACUGACCGAUGGUGGUAGUAGUAGUAGUAGUAGUAGUAGUAGUAGCAGUAGUAGUAGUAGUAGUGGUAGUGGUGGUAGUAGUAGUAGUAGUACUAGUAGUAGUAGUGGUAGUAGUAGUAGUUGUAGUAGUAGUAGUGGCAGUAGUAGUGGAAGCAGUAGUAUUAUUAGCAAAAGUAAGGGCAGAAAUUGCGAGGAUGAUGGCGGUGGUGGUCACUUCCUGACAAUUGUGAAAAAGCAGUAAGUAGCAGCGUAAUGGAGGUAUGCUUGUUGUCUGCGUCCACACUCACCACCGUGAAAGCCGCGUAGGGCCCUUUUUAUGUCCUGUUCAGUGACGUGGUUGGCCGGAACGGACGACAGGUUACAGGCCUGUCAAUCACCAGAGCGAAUAUCGGAUGGUUGAGAGGGGUUGUUUGGACCAGAUCUCGUGAGGCGAUUGGACGGUAGUUGUCCCUGCACAUGGGAUUGAUUUUUGCCGGAAUACUGUGCAAUUCAAUUAGCGGCCCCCGGUACUUCCUCCCUCCCCCUCCCCCCCAGACUGCAUGGUGUCAGCAUUGUCGUGGAGAUCUCAGAAAAUAUUUUGCAGAAAUUAUUAUCAGUGUUGUCCGACCUGUUAGAUUUACAGAUCGCAAAUAUGUGGAUUUGGAUAAAGUGAGAAGUUGCAGUUGGAACUGCUUUGGGUCUCCAUAGACAGGAGUGACUAGGAACUAUUCUUGCGGCCUUCCUGCGUUUAUUUAAUUGCUUGUCAUGAAACUGCCCAACGCUGAGACGCCGCACCUCAAGGCCUGCAACUACCGUAUGAGGGAUUGGCAAUCUCUAACUUGUCUCAAGCAGCCCCCGAUGUUUGGACAUGUUUGUGCGGCCCACGCGAAAAACCGUCAAACUGAAGAGGUUAUUAUUUUUAUUUUAGAACUGAGGCCGUUUACGUGCGAAGUUUGUGGCUCAGGUUUUAUUUCGAAGGGAGCUCUGAAGACGCAUGUCGACGCAAUCCACGAAAGUACGCUCCUUUUCUGUCAUUUGUCUGUCCUCUGUGCUUCUGUUUUCUGUGAAGUAGAAUAGUAGUACGUUGGCUGUACCGCCAUUUAUGUUUUUGGCGGCAGCUUGUAUCGGUCGUUAUUGUUUAGAGCGAAGUGAUAAACGCUUGUAGUCCAUGUUGAUGAUGGUUUGUUAAUUUCAGUUAUAUUUACGGGAAAUAUGCGUGUUUCGCCCUUGAACUUCCCAUCGGUUACAAGCAGAAGUAUAUGAAAAAGUGGGAAAUGCAAACACCAGACAGGUGCCGAAGGAUUAUCGGAACUCUGCAGAUAUCCGAAUUAUUCCAGGUAUUAGAAGCACUGGCACUACUCAAUACGUUGCACAGCAGUCUGUCUAUGGAUGAUUGUGCUGCAGAGAAUAUUGUAUGGUUUCAAUUGUUUGCAGACGUCUAAGUGAAUGCCACUGGGAACAAUCGUUUCGGACAAUAGGAAGUAUAAAAAGAAAACGUUACUGAAAUAUGGACAGUAGUUUUAUAACUUAAAUAAACUUUUAAUGCUGAAUGUCAAAAUGAUAUCGCUUUGUUUUUGCAGCGCAGGCUGGGGAAGAUGGAGUGAGCAUUUUUUAUGUCUCAUUGCCACUAACCUUCCCGCUCAAUGACAGUUGGUAUGCUCUGGUGGUUAUCCGAGCAUAAAACUUAUAUCUUCGAACAUGUUACAAAACCGGCACCAAAACCAGAUAUCCAGUCUUCGUGUAGUAGUAAGCUACUGCCGAAGGUAGCCUCUUUACUCCCUUUAGACAUUCAGGGAUAUGUCAUUCAGCGUUUCAAAUCGGCGAACGCACGUUUCCGAUUUUUACUUAUCGGAUCUCAGAAUCGUAUCUUGUCUGCUUGACAGCGGCCACCGAGUCAUCUAACGGGUACCGGUUGAUGCUGAGAAUUUCGGCUAUUCCCGGGACAUCCGUGUCUUGCCACCUCAACUUCUGUAUUCUCUGAAGGCAGCCGAGGUGGAAAUGAUUGACUGUCCCGCAUUGAUUGACGUAACCUUUCCAGUUCUCUGCUCCAUAGGUCAGCGUCGCUAGUACUGCCGUCCUGUGCAUUUUCAAUUUCGUGUUGACACGAAGGCCACGGCGACUUCGUCGUAUAGCCGGCUGAAGGUCCGUCUUCCUUUGAAGUUUUUUUGAAUCACUUCGUCACCUAUCUUGACAUUCCUUGAAAUUACACUUCCAGGAUAUACAAAUUUACCUACUGAUGCAAGUUGGGUUUCGACCCUGGCAUGCGCCUCCAGGGUUUGCAUUGCUUCCCGACUGCGACAAGGUUCUGACUUUGUCUCUGAUGAUGGAUUUCAGUGAGGAUCCUAAAAUUCAGGCUAAGAAAGAUCGUGUCUCGUUUUUCAAGUCCCAAUUUCUACCUUGUAACUUGCCAGCUCGUGGACGACCAGGACGGUCCUAUUUUGCCGACGGUAAAGGGGGACGAAUAUUCAAGGUUGUCAGAUUGAUUAGUGUCCCUUGGCAGCCUGUGGGAAGGCACGGCAAUGGGCCCGGGGAGUUUUGGAAUUUUUCGACCUCAUUUUUUUGUCCGUACAUGUCACAGUCGACUUUACGAUGGCAUAUUUUAGGGGACCUUUUUAACCCGCUUCCUGUUUUUGUGGACACACCAUGCUUUCAUUAAGACGGUUUAAUCGUACCGGAUGAGUGCGCGCAUCCACAAUGAGUCAAAACUUUUUGUUUAAUAAGAAGAAAGCUGGAGUUAGUCGGGAUAGCUGACGAGAUUGCAUGUCACCAUCUCCGUAGAACUCGUUUCAUAGAGGGAGGGGGAGAGGUGUUGAAGGGGGAUUUCGGGGACGAUUUCGGGAACUACUGGGUAUGAUAAACGUCAGCAACAGUUAUGAAGACUUGCGAAGUAUCUGUCACGCCCUCUUCGUCACCCACUAGGCUUCCAUACAAGAAAAUGUCAAAACAGCUGCAGGUGUGCUUGGAGGCAGUAGUUGGAAAAGGUAAGGAGCCCGUCAACGUCUGCUGCAUACGACCUGGUCCGCCUGGGUUCUGUUAGGGUGGCUCAGACCUCACAUGCGUGACAGUACCAUAAAUUCCACAUUAAUAGGGAGCUAUUGCGACCUGAUUGUCAAUUCUGAAGUGGAUCGAGUUAUCAACUUAGUUGGCAACCUUCCAAGUCACGACUCGUGCCGCGUCGUGAUCGAUUUACUGUCGUCAGAUCUAGUGUUCUGAGGAGUGCCCUGAGUGGAUGGAUUUCGGGUGUCGGUCCCCACUUGCCCGUGCCCCUCUGAUUCACCAGACGACUGUCCGAACCUCUGAACCAGCUGGUGUUGAGUUGGGUGCAUUGAUUGAGGCGGUGAUGAGGCCCAAAUCUAUUUGUGCCACCGUCUUGUCUCAUGUACAGUUGUAGUAAUGUGCUCGCCUGGUGAACUCAUGCCGUGUGGCGGUCUGGUCCCCGCGGUUUUUUUAUCCGCAGACCGUUGUCGAGGCCAAAGUUCGAGUACUUGAUUCACCGCGCAAUCAUCCACGUAUAUGCAAAAUGUGUAAAUAGUACCGGACACCCGUGCGUCUGCGACAUGGUCACCUGUCCCACAUACUUCUUCCACGUUGCGGUCUCCACGUGCCGAAAUAGCACCACCUACUGUCUACAGGAAUACAUGUUCUCCAGAAGCCAGGAUCACGACCCCACUCUCUAACCAGACGACCACAGCCUUCAUUCCAGUUCACCCAUGCGUAUUCAUAGCAACCCAAGAGGCAUUUCAUCAAGUCCUCCGAAACCCUUGUUUAUGUUGCUCUUUUGUCUUUGUUGUUUUUGUUUGGGACUUUCAGCGCCUAUAGUCGUCGAUGCAGUACUUUGCUAUUUCCGUACUCACUAAGAGAUUAAUAUUUGGCCUGCCAAGAGUUCCUUCUGUCUUAUAGCACGGUCCUAGAGAACGGUUUAACUUUUAAAUCACGCCUGCAUCGUAUCCUGACUGUUUAGCGGCCGUGUACACGACAGACGGGCAGCGCACAGGAGGUGUUUCUUAGUCUGUAUCUGACACCUCCCGUUGUUUGAAUUUUCCGGGGCAGGUCUCGCAAAAAGCCAUUGACCUGACUACCUUCUCACUUUCAUUUUAGAACUGCGGCCGUUUGCGUGUGAGACCUGUUGCGCGACAUUUGCCUUGAAGACAAGUCUGCAGAGACACAUUGCACGUCUCCACAAUGGUACGCUUUAUUUAUUUUGGUGAUUUACGUUUCGGACCGUUAACACACCCAAAAACGUGUGAAUGGCUGUGCAACCUUUGUGUCCACGUUCAUCUCCGGCCGUUUUGACUUCGGUAGUGACGCAGGCACGGAUCGGUACUGUAGAUCAUGUCUUUUUGCCUUUCAGGUCCCCGAAAACGUUGUGAAGUUUGUGGUGAAGGUUUUUCAUGUAGGAGGGACCUUACGAGGCAUUUCGACGAUGUCCACGGAGGUACUGCAUAUCCUUUUUUCGUCAAAUAUUUCCUAGAGAAUGGCUUCAUGUGUGCUUUUGUGCGUUUUUCGGAUAAAAUAUGUCAACUCGGUUUAGGGUCAACUCUGUUGAUGAAAGGCCGGGGUUUGCUUUAUGCGGCAACGGUAUGUUCACCUAACCCUCACACCAACCGAAUCCGAUAACCAUUCGACCAAUGCAAAGUUAAGGUAGUGAGCAGGGAUUACUACUUUACGGAAUGUCGCAGUUAGUUACUCUUGCUGAUCGAUUGUAGUAACCUUUCUCAGGGUUGCUGAAUGUUCUGUAGCUCAAAACUUACACAUCUGAGUACCGCCACGCUGUUCUGUGUCAUAAUCUCACGAGCAAUAGUCACCAAUCACGUCGAGACUGCUUUUUGGGCAGUUUUAUACAAGUUUGCUGUUUUUUUUAUGAAGAUAUGCUGGCCUCAGGAGGCAGCAGUCUGUUCCACCAACUGGCGAGUUUGUAUUCUGUCUUUCAGGACUGAAAAUGUACACCUGUGUCACUUGUAGCAAGACCUUUAGACGCAAGCAAACUCUAACGAAGCAUGUUGUGCGCAGCCACGAUCUUACGCUUCUUUUUGCUUUGCGAUUUACUAUCCUCAGUCUUUGUCUAAGUGAUUGUUACAUUUGUCGACUUUUUCUGGUAUAUUCUCUUGCUACUUUCGCCUUUUGUCUAAUAUGCCUAGUGACACAUGUUAUGUAUGUAAAACGGAAGGUUUGUUGUGUACAAAACGUGUACUGAGUACGGGAGACAACACGAGUCGGGGAGCCUUCUAGAAUGUCAUUGGCUGAUGGGUGGCCAAUCAACAUCAAGGUUGUUUGAACGGGGGCACAUGAUCUUGGUCGCGCACGCAUGUGGCUUGAUGUCUGACAGUCGGGGCAUCAUACUCUGUAUCCCUGCACCCUUAAGAAGACAGCAUCGAAAUGGAAUUCGUCCUGAGAGCGUUGGACAGGUUUGCGAAUUCGGGUCGAUCUUCUCAGGGUGGUAUUUUCGACCUCUGCACCGCUUCGUGGAGUCACUGGUGCCUGCGCACCUAAGUUAGUUCUGGCCGGGGUAGAAGGAGGAGGAGGAGGAACAUACGCCUCGGUCGGUGUCUGUGCAGGCAGUGCGUGUUGAGUCCUCGGGAUGCCAGGAUCCCUAUCAAGGGUUGCUGGCAGUUCAAGCUUCCCGAAUUCUCCACUUACUGUGCUCAUUCGGCCGCGAACUUGGUGCAGAUGACGACGCACAAUACCCCCACCUUUUAACUAAUUCAACCAUUUGCCCAUCGCUUUUUCGAACUACCGCUGUACACCAGUUCGUUUCGUGUUCUAGUCGCGUGUAGACACUUUCGUUAGGCGCGACGACUCGUGUUUGGGUGUUCACAUCAGAUCGUGCUUUCAUCUUCGCCUGUUUUUCAGUAGCAUGCGUGGAUGGAUUGAGCAGGUCGAGCCGUGUGUGCAACUGCCACUUGGACACCAAUUCUACAGGCGAGGCACCCGUUGAGUCGUUUGGUGUUAUGCGAUAGUUGAACAAAAAUCUUGACAACUCGUGGCCAAGUCCACUUCCGUCUGUUUGGCUAGUCCGUGCUUUACUGUCAGAACUGCGCGCUCUGCGGGGCCAUUUGAAGCCGCGUGGUACGGGGCAGUGGUUAAAUGCCUAUUUCCAUUUUUCUGCAUGACAUCUUUAAAUUCUGCACGAGUAAAGGCUGGGCCAUUGUCUGAAAAGACAAUUUCAGGUUUCCCAUUGGUAGAAAAAACGGUUCGCAACUUGUUGAUUUUUGUCAGUGAAGAACAUGUAGUGGACAGCCAUAAUGGCUACGUCGCGCCUCUCGCUAGCGCCUGCACCUACGUCCUAGCAACAGCCUGCUAUGGCACGCACGUCUGCCCGGCUUCGAUUUGUCUCGUUGCAAUUCACUGUCUGCAUCACGCAUUCGUUCGAUUCUCUGCCUGCACCACGCGAGGCUUGUCACUAACCUCGCGUGAGCUCGGAGCCAACCAACGCAACUCCUCUCGCUGAUUGGUAAUACAGGCGGACACUAGCGUAAAAAAUCUGCCACGACACUUUUGCAGCGGCGACCUUCGGCGACACACGGCUCGUCGCUCUCACGGAUGCCGCCGGACGCACCCUCGUCCGGUUGCCAACUUUCGCCUUCACUAUUCUGUACUGAAUGAAAUGUCCUGACCAAACGGUGUCCUGCUUCUAACAACUUGGGAUAUGGUCUGAAGUAGUGGCGUACUGAGCGUACACCAUCAUCGCUUAGCCGCUACAAACAGGAGUUCCCUGUCGGAAUCGCAUCAAUCCAUUUAGUGUGGGCGUCAACCACCACCAAGGCCAUAUAGCCUUGCAAUGGCUUAAAAUAAUCGUCGUGUGCCCUCUUCCACGGCGAAUUGGGCCAGGCCCAAGGCUUCAGAGGCACCUUCGGUAAGGUCUGCUGUGUUAUUUGGAGCACGUGACAUGCUUUCACCACAGUCUGAGAGUUUCCGAGUGUUUUUGGCCGGAAAUGUAACCUUGUGGCCGGCAUUGAAGACAUGUUAGUUAAACUUUGUUGCCAAUGUUAGGCAUGCAGAACGGAAGGCUGUUUGUAGACAGGACGUGUUCUGAGUACGCGAGACAACACGAGUCAGGGAGCCAUGUAGGAACUGUUGGAUAUUUGGCGGGGUGGGGAGUUUCAUAGGCUGAAGGGUGGCCAACCAGCACCAAGGUUGUCUGAACAGAGGUACACGACCUUGGACGCACGCAUGUGGCUUGAUGUCUAGACAGUCCGGCCGCCAUACUCUGCAACAUAUGUUCUUUGUUAAAGUGAAGGUCAAUGCCCUUAGCUGGGAAUUUAGUAGUUCAACUGCAUCAUAAAUGGGACCCCUUAAUUACCCUAGUUCGAGUUCCGCCACUUUUUUAGUGGUAAUCAUCCUAUAACAUUAUUUUGAUCUGACAACAACACAGGAUGUUAGAACGCUGUGAUCAUGGCAUAAUAUCUUCCUGAAGCCCUAGGAUGCCUUUUCUCCCCUACAUUCUACGAUUUGAUUAUCUUUUAGAAUUUGCAAAUGUAUGA